AUGGCCGAUGACGCGUUCGAUGCAUUUGGCGAUACCGAAAUUGGCGAUGACUCUGUAAUAAGAUUGUUUUCUAUAAUUUUUCACUCAUUUAAUUUUUCAGGGCUCUUCCGGAGAUGAAAGAUCGAGAAGAGUAGCACCAAACAAAAUGCAGAAGGUAACUUUGAUUCAGAAUGAACAAUAGUGGUAUAUUUUACAGUUGGAUCGAGAUAAGCAACAGCUAGCCAAGGAGAAUGCUUUUAUUUUGCUGAAUGACCUCCAGAAAAGUGCCGGAGGCGAUGUCGAAAGGUCGGAGUACGUUCCACCUGAGAAGAGGGUUUGGAAAUUGGAUCAUCAUAUGUCAAAGUGUCCUGUUGUUCAGGCGAGAAUGGAUGAAGACCAAAGUCUCGAAACUCGGGAUGAAGCACCAGAAGAAGAUGAAGAAGACGGCGAUUCAGAAGACAUGAGAAUUCAAGUUCACACUAUCAAGACGGACAAUGAGAACUGUGUUCAUGAGGUUGCUUUUCACGACAAAUAUAAGUAUUUUACCUUGAAAAAUUUUUCCUUUAAACGUAACUCCAAUUAUUUGCCAUGAUGAAACUUUUAGGCUACUCUAUGCGUUCUCAAACCUUCAAGUAACCGUUUAUUUAGAUAUCCAUAACUUUGAGUGAAUAAAUUCAAAGUUUUUCUUUUUGAAGUUUUAAUGGACAUCUUGUUUUGCUUGACUCAAAGUUGGACUUCAGGUGGCGGUCCCUCCUGGAAUGCCUUUCGCUCCACUUUCUGUUCCCACUAAACAGCCAGCCAAAGCUUAUCCUUUCCAACUGGAUGCUUUUCAGGUGAGGAAAGUAGUUAUUUCUUCUCAUAACUUUGGACAUUUUAGAAAGAAGCCAUUCUAUGCAUUGAAAAUAAUCAAUCCGUAUUGGUUUCUGCACACACUUCUGCGGGUAAAACCGUUGUAGCCCAGUUAGUCUUCUUUCUUUUCUUUCAUCCAACUUUCUCAUUCAUAAAUCUUUUUCUCUUCAACUUUUUAAGUUAGUUUCAUUUUGUUCAGAUACGCGAUUGCCCGAUGUUUGAAAGAAAAUCAGCGUGUAAUCUAUACAUCUCCGAUCAAAGCCUUGUCAAAUCAGAAGUUCCGAGAACUUGAAGAAGAAUUCGGGAAUGUCGGCCUCAUGACUGGUAAUCUUUUUUUGGCUAUGUGUUUUUUUGAUUUAUUUAAAUAGAAACUGAUGGUAAAGUUUCAUACGGGUAAUAUUUCAGUAAAAGAAAUUUUCCCGAGCUUAUUAGUUUCAGGUAAAAAAUUUUUUUUUGGGUCUACCAACGAAAAAAUCUUUUUCUUCAAAUGAGGUAUGGAGAAAUUUCUACACGACACCAUUUAAAGAAAGUUUUUUUCAUUUUCUUGCGGAUAUCAUUUUUGAAAACUUGUCAGAACUUCUUCCUGCUUUUUUUUGUAUUAUUCUCUUAUUGAAGUCACUAUUCUUAGUCUUUCAUGAUGUCAUUCCUCUAGGUGACGUCACUCUGAAUCCGGACGCGUCGUGUCUCGUGAUGACGACAGAAAUCUUGCGGUCGAUGUUGUAUCGAGGCUCGGAAAUCACAAAAGAAGUCGGCUGGGUGAUUUUUGACGAGAUCCACUACAUGAGGGACAAAGGUUUGACAUUUUUUAGAUCUUUUUUUAAGUUUUCUCAAAAUAAUGAAUUGAAAUUAUAUAUAUUUUUUUCAGAACGAGGAGUUGUUUGGGAGGAAUCGAUUAUUUUGAUGCCGAGUAAUGUCCGCCACGCUUUCUUGUCCGCGACCAUUCCCAACGCCAGACAGUUUGCUCGUGAUUUUUUGAAAUUUGCUUUUUGUCUCGAUAUUUUUUGAAUAUGUCCUGAAAAACGUCGAAAAAUUCAGAAUGGGUUUGUUGGUUGCACUCGCAGCCGUGCCACGUCGUCUACACGGAUUAUCGUCCCACGCCUCUUCAACAUUUCAUUUUUCCCGUCGGAGGAAGUGGCCUCUAUGAAGUCGUCAACGUGAAGGUGAGGGAUAGACUUUGCUCGAUUUCUUUUGAUAUAAUUGGAAAAAAUCCAGAAAAAAAGAGUUAAAAGGAGGUUUUGUAAGAUUUUCAGACUGAUCUUACUUUGAAAGUGUGAGGUGACACCUUUUUACAAGCUCUGCGAUAAUUACUUCAAAUCGAUAUUUUUUCGAUGCAAAAAUGGGAUAAUUAAAUGAGGCGAAAGAAUGAGUAUGAAAUAAGAAAAGUCACAGGUUUUUUUUUGUUUUUCUUUAAUCAAACGAAGUUUCCAAUGAGUUGUAUGGAAAUUUCUAUCAAUUUCCAUAUCAAUUUUUUCGGGCAAAUCUUGAAAAAUUUAAGAAUUAUAGCACACGACUGAUACAACUAUCCUUUUUAUAACCUUUUUCGAAAUUAAACUCAAUUUUUCCUCGCUAUUUUCAGUUCGAAAAAUCUUUAUAUUUCGCUAGACGAACUUUUUUUUUAGCCCCACCGGAAAAAAACUUUUUUUAAAGGGAGAAUUUCGCGAUGAUAAGUUCAAAGAAGCGAUGAAUGGAUUGGCGAUGCGCGGAGAUCAAGCUGGAGGUCCGCAGCAAAGAAAAAGAAAAAAAGGAACCAAAGGUCUAGUUUAUUCAAAAAUUGGAAAACAAUGGAAGAAUAAAUAAAAACAUAUUUUGUUGAAAAGUUUUUUCUUUUUCAUGAACUCAAUAUUGGAUUUCAGGGGACAACAACGUGCUGCGAAUCAUCAGAACCAUCAAGGAGAACGACAUGUUGCCGAGUAUUGUCUUCUCGUUUUCGAGAAAAGAAUGCGAAUCCUACGCUUUGUCUUUGAAGGACAUGGACUUCAAUACGAGUUUGAACCUGGAGAAAAUUCCAUUCCAUUUUGUUUGUUCAGAAGAAGAGCGAGACAUGGUGGGCAAGGUCUACAACAGUGCGAUCGACAAUCUUUCUGACGACGAUCGACAGUUGCCGCAGAUUGGAAGUGUGAGUGGCGUUUUUGAAAUUUUUGUCGGGAGUCUUUCAAAAAAAAGUUUUACUAAGGUUCUUUCUGCAUUAUUUUAAGGCUGUUUUUAUCUUUUUGUACCGUAAAUCUUGGAAGAAACAAAGUUUUUUUUUAGGUGAAUCUAGCUGUGAGUGCAAUUUUUAAUCUUACUCUUUUUUUGAAAAGCUUCGAGAAGAGAGUUGAAAAAUAUCUAUAUAAUAAGCCGAAAAGAGUGACCAUUGAAAAUAAUCAAUCCCUAUUUGGUUUCAAUUUUUUUAAAAGAGUAAUAUUGAAGUUAUUUGAGUCAGUGAAAGUAUUCUGUUCAAGUUUGCUUCAUUAGAUUACAUUUUUGUUUAGCUCUUUUCUCUGUGGUGUUCUUACCCUUCAAUAGCUUCUGUUCAGCUUCUGCCUCUUCUUCGACGAGGAAUCGGCGUCCAUCAUUCUGGAUUGCUCCCUCUGCUCAAAGAAACCAUUGAAAUUUUGUUCGGCGAAGGUCUUCUGAAGGUGGAAUUCAGAUUCUCUGGUUUUUGAUAAGAAAGAGCCUUUUAGGUUCUUUUUGCAACAGAAACUUUCUCGAUGGGACUGAAUAUGCCCGCCAGGACAGUCAUUUUCACGUCGGCAAGAAAAUUCGAUGGUCAGGAUAAUCGGUUAGUUUGAUAAUCUGGAUCUUCAUAUGUAGAUUGAAGAAAAUUGUUUUUAAAAAAGUUGUCAAUUAGUACGAAAAUGUGAAAAAGGAAUAUUUUAUUUUUCAUCAAACUUGAAGAAAAAAAUUAACCAAAGAAUUAGCCUGGAAAAAAACAGCUGCUAAAUAAUUCUUCUCCAGAGCGCGAUUAUGCCAUAGUUUGUAAUGAAAUUCUAAUCGAUUAUUUUUGUUAAUUUCUAAUUCUUACCAAUGAAAAACUUGAGAUUCAUCACGUCUGGGGAAUACAUCCAAAUGUCGGGACGAGCUGGAAGACGUGGAAAAGACGACAAAGGAGUCGUCAUUCUGAUGGUCGACCACCAGUUGUCAGCUGAUGACGCCAAGCACAUCAUCAAGGUCUCAAAAAACAUAAAUAAACAAAAAUUCUCAAUAAUGAAAGGGUCAUAAUCGUUUUAAAAGAGUGAAAUGAGGAACGUGCAUGAUUCAAAUGAAAUAUUAAAAUUUUUAGGGAGCCACAGAUCCCCUCAAUUCCCAGUUCCGAUUGACCUACAACAUGGUGUUGAACUUGAUGCGCGUUGACGACGUCACGCCGGAAAAUAUCGUCAACCGGAGCUUUUUCCACUUCCAGAAGCUUUCGGAGCUUCCUGAGAUCAAGCGAAGUUUGAAACUCUCUGAAAGUGCAGAAAAAUUAUUUUUUUUUUAGAAAUUAGAGAGAAACGACUGGAAAUCACGGACAAGGUCGUGCCAAGGGAACAGGAGCUUUCUGGCUUUGUCGCUUUGGAGAAGCAGAUCGAGGAAGUUCGGAUGAGAGUGAAGGAAAUUCAGCGGUUACCCAAGCACUUGAUUGGGUUCAUGCAUGCUGGCCGGUUGCUUAAGGCAGGCAACACUCGGAGUUUGAAAAUACGAAAAUGAGGGAAGUUCAGGUUGUCAGCGGCAACAGGAACUUCGAGUGGGGAGUUUUGGUUGAUUUCAAAAAAAAGGUCAACCCCGAUGACGCCAAGGAAGUUAUCUAUGUUUUGGAGGUUCGUUUGGUCUUGUCUUUGUUUUUUUUUUCUUUUUUGAAAACUUUGUGCGCUCCCUGGAUAAUAUCAUGUUUUGUAAGGAAAUCACCUCUCAUAUUUGAAAAAAAAAAACAGGAAUCAAAAUAGGGUUAGAAAAAACGUUAGCGAAAUGUUUUUUGUAACGAUCAGACUAAGAAUUGGAGAGUUUUCGCUGAUCCAUCGGGUAAACUUUAUUUCUGCAGUUUUCUUCAGAGUUUGUCGAUCAAAUUGAAAAAAAUUAGUUCAAAAAGAAAGAAAAAUUUAAAAAUCCGUGCUGUUUUUCAGGUACUUCUAGCCGUAGCCCCUGAAAGCAUGAAAGAUGUUUCGAAUCCACUUUCGUUGCUUCCUGGAUAUAAUCGGAAAGAUGUGAGCUGAAAAAAACGAUUUCUCGAAGUUUUUGAUGGAUUUCAGAGGUGCUGGACGGUGGUUCCUAUGACUUGUGACAGGAUCGACGAAAUUUCGGCGAUUCGCUUGAAAUUACCCGAAGAUUUGUCGCGCCCAGAUGGGCUGAACUUGUUCGACAAAAUGAUGAGGGUUCGUUAGAAAUAGAAGACCGACAAUUGGAGAAAUUUGUCACUUUUUUCGAUCCAUUUCUUUCCAGGAAGCCGCGAAAAGAUUCAGAGACGAACCUCCUUUGCUCGAUCCAAUCGCUGAUAUGAAAGUGAAUAAAGCCGUUUUCAUGAAUAUUGAUUGAUUUUGUUUAGAUCGGAGACAACAGGUUGCUCUCGGCGGUGGAGAAGGCGAAGCAACUGAAGAAAAGAUUCGAAGACCAUCCGCUGCGGUCGGAUAAGAACCUCGAGCACUUGAGGGCUCAGUUUGACGAAAAAGUGGGAAUAAUACCAACUUUAGGGAAUCGAUAGAUACUUUCAAAAGUAGUCUACAAUUAGAAAAAAGUAGACCGGAUGAAGAGACUCUCAAAAUUUUUCGAAGGUUUUAACAUAAAGCAUUCUUUUCUCUUCUUGAGUCAAAAAAAAGUAAAGAUAAAACUUGUUUAAGGCAGCACUGAAGGCCGAGCUUGCUGCUUUGAACAAGGAGCUGAAAGAAGCCGAAAAAACGACGAAAAGCGAAGAACUCGAUAAUCGACGACGCGUUUUGAGAAGAUUGGAGUACUGUGCCAGAGACGGCACGAUCGAGAAGAAAGUCUGAGAAAUCGAGCUUCCAAUCAAAAGAGAAAUGGCGCAGGGUCGGGUGGCUUGUGAGCUGUCGGCGAGUGACGAGCUCAUCUUGACCGAAAUGCUCUUUAGCAGCACGUUUUCUAGUCUCGACGCCGCUCAAACUGGCGCUCUCUUGUCCUGUUUCGUCUUCCAGGAGAAUGGCGCCCAGCCAAAGUUGAGCCAGGAGCUCUCGGGCUGUCUAAGAACUUUGCAGGUAGAGUUAGGAAGAGAAUCAAUGAUUUGAAGCUAGAAAAAAAAAGAAAAUUUUGCUAAAUUUUCAUUGAUGAGUUUUUUUGGUCCAAAAAUUUCCGGCAUCUCAAAGUUUUCCAUCUUCCUGUUUUGUUGUAAAGAAAUAAAACGAAAGUCUUCUCAGGAGUUCGCCAAAAAAGUGGCAGCCGUCUCGAACGAAUGUCGAUUGGAAGUCGUCGAGGACAAGUAUGUGAAUCAGUUCAAAGCCGGCCUUAUGGACGUCGUUUACAACUGGAUUCAAGGCGCCUCUUUCGGAGAGUUGGUCAAAAGUACAGAUGUCUUCGAAGGUCAGUAUACUCGAAAAAAAAGUAGGAAAAUGCACAAUUUUUUAAUGGGCACUCUCAAAUAACCAUUUUUUUUCCAUUAUUUCUGUAAUCUGAGAAUUUUGAAGGUUCAUUACUUGAAAAAUAAAGAUCUAUUGCCAAAAAUUUUUCUCCAUGGUUUAAAAAUUAGGAGGCCCCGAAGUAAAUUUCAGCUAAGUUUAAUCAAAAGUUCAAACGGGGGCCAAGAAACGUUCUUUUGUUAGUUUAGCUGUUGACUGACGUUUUCAUCCAUGGAGAAAGUUAGAGAAAACUGAAAGAAAACGAGAAAAUUCGAUUAUCAUCUCUCUUUCCGAAGUUUCAAAUGAUAGUUCAAAUUCACUCGUAUUUUAAUAAAUCUGUUACUAUAACACUAAUUUGCAAUAUUGAUUGAUAAGCGCGCUCAUCUGAUAAAUCGAGUUUCUAUGCUCAUGUACUUUAUUCUUUUUCUCUGAACUGCGGAAAAAGUUCAUCUUAUCAGUAUCUCAUGAUGAUAAGACGUUUACUGCUGUCUUGAGAAAAAAAGAACAACUAUAGGAACGAUAAUCCGGUGCUUGCGUCGGUUGGAAGAAGUCCUCCGCGAGCUUGUCAACGCGGCGAAAGCCAUGGAGAACAAGGAGUUAGAGGAGAAGUUCGAGCUGGCCAGGACCAAGCUCAAACGCGACAUUGUCUUCGCCGCCUCGCUUUACCUUUGA